AUGACCUCACGGGCAUUAAAUAGGCCCCGGUCCUCCCUAGUAAAGCAUGUUCCCCGCUCCAACGACUCGACGAUUAUUUCACCGGUACAAUCGCUCGGGCGCCGUGCACAUCAGAUCGCCGAGUUCUCAAAUACCACGCACAAUGAAGAACGACUGGGACGUCGUGCGAAAGAGAAACUAUUAGACCGGGAGUUCUUCUUGAGUCUUCUGAACUCGGCUUCGACAAAGCGGGAAGCAAAGCAAUACCUUUCCCGCUUCAAAGCCAGUCCACCCAAGUCUACGCCAAACUCCGGGGAAGAACCCAAGGAUCCGGAAUCGGCAUCCUUACCCUCUGGUGUUAACCUGGGCGAGUUCUAUGGUGCUUCUAGGGCUGUAUAUGAUAGUCCGGUUUUUCGCCAAAAUACCACUCCAGCUCCUCAGGUGAAAGAAUUACCUGAGAGGUUACACUUGGCUUUGAUAAAGAUUACUACACCGCAAUCUCUGGAUGACUCGGUUGUCAAUGGAGUUGCUAGGACUCUCUCGCAACUUGUCCGAUUGGGGAUGGCAUGCUGUGUAGUAGUUGACCCGGGGCAUCUGGAUGGUGCUACAUCGCGGCAAACUGCUAUUGCGCAGGCCGAUCGGAUUUCCGAUGCGGUUGAUGCACAGCCCGACUCAUCAUCCUUUCGUCUAGACUCGGCACUCUCGAUUUCGGAGAAAAUGUCUGGCCAGCCUACUGUGGCGUCUCGAAAAAGAUUACUCACUCCGUUACGAGAUGGACAUGUCGUGAUCGUCACGCCAGUCGCGUAUGUCGAAGAAAACCCGAAGGCCGUGUCCGUGUCAGCGGACGACGCGGUUAUCGCACUGACCAAAGAAUUUGCUGGGCUGUCUACUUUCCCAGACCCGGACGAAGACCCCGCAGUUACCGCGGAACGCAUUGGGUCGCUACAAAAAGAAGUCUCACUAGAUCGAGUAAUUCUUUUACAUCCACUGGGUGGCAUUCCUGCGUUCAGAGGGCCGCAGGCCUCUCAUGUCUUCAUUAACAUGGAGCAAGAGUUUGGAGAUAUUGAAGAGGAGAUCUUGCAGACACGAAACGCCCUCUGUGGGGAUGUGACUGACACAAAAGCCAGCAAUGAUCUUGAUGCGGCUAAUGCAUUUUGGAAUAGCAAUCCCUUUUCACAAUUCGCCGCUAAGGAAGUCAUCUCACCUUUACCGGAAAAAUCAGAUAAACUACCUGGAUCCACAACGAUGCAACCUAUUCUCGAUGGUCAUCUAGAGAAUCUUCGUUUAUCCCGACAGACACUUGCUCUACUACCAAUUGGAGCAUCUGGGAUCAUUACCUCCCCAUACGAGGUCGCAAAUUCUUCCCGGUCAACCGGGAGUACCACACCGAACCUAUCAGCCGUUGGAACCCGGCGCCAGCGCAACCCGCUCAUUCACAACCUUCUCACCGAUAAACCCCUUCUCUCCUCUUCCCUACCUCCAGGUCGUCGAGGCCCUGCCAAUGGCCGCGCCAGUGUGAUCAGUCCUCUCACAUCCCACUCAACCUUUGUGAAGCGUGGAAUGCCUCUUACCCUUCUUCCCAACCCACACGUGCAAGUGUGGACUGCUCAACAUCAACCACGACUACAACUCAACGACCCAUCAAUCGACUUGUCUCGCCUCGUUUUUCUCAUCGAAGAUUCCUUCGACCGAAAGCUGGAUCUCCAGAAUUAUCUCGAGCGAGUCAAUGAUCGUAUUGCUGGUCUGAUUAUUGCUGGCGAGUACGAAGGCGGUGCAAUCCUCACUUGGGAAACGCCACCUGGCGUAGUCGAUGAUGGCAGUGAAGAAAGCGUCGCACGGAUGGUCCCAUAUCUGGACAAAUUUGCAGUAUUGAAACGUAGCCAGGGCGCUGGCGGUGUGGCUGACGUGGUGUUCAAUGCAAUGGUGCGUACAUGUUUUCCUAAUGGAGUCUGUUGGCGCAGUCGCAAGGACAAUCCGGUCAAUAAGUGGUAUUUUGAGCGGUCGUCCGGUACCUGGAAGCUGUCUGAAAGUAAUUGGACUAUGUUUUGGACAACACCUGGGCUACCAGAGGAUUCACAGCGGUUCCAGGAUUAUGAAGCUGUUUGUCGAGCUAUUCAGCCAAGCUGGGCAGACAACAAAAGUGUGAUCGAUUAA